ACAAUUACCAUAUAUUGACUUAUUUCUGUGCUUGCUUGAGAAACCGGUUUUGUGGCUUGACAAAAUGAAAGCAAUGAAGCUUGAGAAUAAUAAGUGUCUGGCUUGCGUCCAAAAUAAGCAUUGUAUGGAACAUGCAGUUUUAAGUGAAAUUUUAGGGGGAAAAAGAGACGAACUGGAAUCGGAAUUAUUGGUAUCUCCCAUGGCUCCCGGAACCACCACGGCCCCCUCAACACCAAGUUCUACCCCGCUCACCCUGACCCCACCUGAUUCUCUUACACACCCCUCGCUCGCGCCAGCACAAUAUGUUCCACCCCCACCUUUGUCUGCUGAAGGUAAUUAUCCUCCUCUGCCUGUGCCAGCCGCUCCUCCGCUUGCCCCUCCUCCGUCUGCCCAGGUGCCUGUCCCUCCUCCGCCGGCUCAGAGAACCCCCCCUUCUCCACAUACACCUGCUCAAAGCUAUCCUGCUCCCCCGCCCACACCCGCUGAAAGAUUUAUCCCCCCUCUAACACCAGCUCAAGGGUACCCUCCGCUCCCACCUACACCUCCUUCACCAGCUUCUGGCCCGUCUGCCCCCCUGUAUCCUCCCCUCCCCGAUUCACCUGUCCAGGAUGUGAUUGUGAGGCAGAAGCAAAGGGGGAAUGUGAAGAAGACAGAUAGAAUGGAAAGUAGUGACAGUGAAGCAGAUGAACUAGACGCCCCAGUAGCUCACCGAACACGAGGAAAACUGGCCCUGGAGUGGCCUCAGGCAGGAAAGGGUAUAUUAAAAUCAGGCAAACAAAAGAGAACGAUUAUUGCACCACUAAGGCAAGGGGUGGGAACUAAUGGACCCGUCUUUGUAAAGGUACCCUUUUCACCUGCUGAUUUAGUUAUAUGGAAACAAUCAGCCGGAACGUAUAGAGAAAACCCAGAUAAGGUAGCUCGUGUGGUUAAGAUGAUAAUGAAAACUCAGAACCCUGAUUGGGAAGAUACUCAUGUCAUAUUAGACACUCUGAUGGAUGAGACAGAGAGAGAUAUGGUUCUUCGAGCAGCAAGAGAAAGAGCUAGAGAAGACAUACGAAAUGGUUUGGUGACAGGGACACUGGAUUAUAAUUUUCCCACUGCAGACCCAGAGUGGGAUGCUAAUGACCCCUCUGGAGUGGAUAUGUUAAGGCUAAAGAGAUAUCAGGAGUGGAUUUCAGUUGGUGUUCAACAGGCAAUACCUAAGAGUAUGAACUGGUCUAAGUUGUAUGAAAUUCGACAGGAAAAGAAAGAAUCUCCCACUGCCUUUCUAGAAAGACUUAAGGAAGCAGCUAGAAGAUAUACUGAUCUUCAAGUAGACAGUGAGCAAGGAAGAACUCAGCUUGCCUUUAUUUUUCUGGGUCAGGCACAGGAAGAUAUUAGGAAAAAGCUACAGAAACUGGAAGGUGAAGAGUUAAGAAACUUGGAUAAACUCCUAGAGGUUGCCUGGAAAGUUUAUAAUAACAGGGACAGAGAAAUUAUCAAGAAACAGGGGCAAAGCCUUUUGGCAGUCUUACAGAGACAGGGGCGGGGACGUGGUAGAGGUGGUCGUGGCGUUAAUAGAGGUGGCUUUGGCAGAGGUUCUGGUCAUGGUAGAUUAGGUCUGAAUCAGUGUGCAUAUUGUCGGAUGGAGGGACACUGGAAAAGGGAGUGUCCAAACCGGUUUAGCCAGAAUGGUCAGCCUCAGUUAGACAGUAUGUUUAAUCAAAGUGGUGAGCAUCAGCUGGAUGGUGUAGCCAGGGUCAUGGUUUUACAUGAGAGGGAGCCAGGAUCAAGAGAGCCCAUGGUGACUUUGCAUUUAGAAGGAAAAGACGUAGAUUUUCUCAUUGACACGGGGGCCACACAUUCUGUACUAAAUUAUCUUGAGGGGCAAAUCGGGAACAAGUCAGCAGCAGUCGUUGGAGCCACAGGGAAGGAGGAGGUACGGCCAUUCUUGCAACCCCUAGAAUUGAGCUUUGAAGAUAAGAUCUUGACCCAUGAAUUCUUAUACAUGCCAGACUGCCCAACUCCGCUCUUAGGGCGCGAUCUACUGGCAGCACUGGAGGCAGUAAUUACUUUUGAGAAUGGUGAACUCGUAAUGAAAAUUCCGGAGUCUAAGACAGGAAAGAUUUUGAUGAUAAAAGAAAAACCAAUUUCUAAUAUUCCUAAAGAAGUAGAAGAUGCAGUAAUUCCCUCUGUCUGGGAAACAGAUGUACCUGGAAAAUCUAAAUUGGCACAACCGGUACAUGUAGAGUUAAAAGAAGGAGCAAAGGCUGUACGAAUUAAACAAUACCCUAUAAAACCAGAAGCACGACAGGGAAUAGCAAAGACCAUUGAUAAAUUUUUAAAAUAUCGAAUUCUAGAGGAAUGUAAAUCGGAAUACAACACCCCAAUUUUCCCAGUGAAGAAACCCAAUGGUGAGUAUAGACUUGUACAGGAUUUAAGAGGUAUAAAUGAAAUAACAAAAGACAUCCAUCCAGUGGUUGCCAAUCCCUAUACAUUGUUAGCAUCCGUAAAAGAGAUAUAUAAAUGGUUUACUGUAAUUGACUUAAAAGAUGCUUUCUUCUGUAUACCCCUUGACCAAGAAAGUAGGAAACUAUUUGCCUUUGAGUGGGAACAUCCAGAAAGUGGAAGAAAAACUCAGCUCACCUGGACUCGAUUACCGAUGGGAGUCAACUGGCAAAAGAACUGGAAAUCUGGACCAGAGAAGGAGCCCCAGAAUCUACACGAGCUGCGGAUCUUCCUCGGAAUGACAGGGUGGUGUCGCCUGUGGAUCAUGGACUAUGGACUGAUUGCAAAACCCUUGUAUGAGGCUCAGAAGACGCAGCCGUUCACCUGGGGCAAACCACAGAAAGAGGCCUUCCAGAAAUUAAAGGAAGCACUGACAACUGCUCCUGCUUUGGGGUUACCUGAUCUGUCUAAAGACUUUCAGCUGUACGUGCAUGAAAGGCAGCGACUGGCACUGGGAGUCCUGACCCAACAACUGGGAAGCUGGAAAAGGCCGGUGGGUUACUUUUCCAAACAACUCGACAACGUAAGUGCCGGAUGGCCUUCAUGUCUGCGGGCAGUGGCAGCUACCGUGCUGCUGAUACAGGAAGCCAGGAAGCUCACAAUGGGAAGACACAUAGAUGUCUAUGUGCCACACAUGGUAACUACAGUCCUGGAACAAAAGGGGGGCCAUUGGCUCUCUCCAAGCCGGAUGAUGAAGUUUCAGGUAACCCUGACUGAGCAGGAUGAUGUUGCACUAAAAACAACUAACCUCUUGAAUCCAGCUCUAUUUCUAGGUGCCACAGCUGAGGAAGGCCCAUUAGAGCACGACUGUCUAGAAGUCAUCGAGCACACUUAUUCAGCAAGAACAGAUUUGAAGGAUGUCCCCCUGGAGCAACCAGAGUGGGAACUCUUUACAGAUGGAAGCAGCUUCAUGGAGAACGGAGCCAGAUACGCGGGAUAUGCGGUAACUACAAUUGAUGUAGUAAUAGAGGCAAAAUCACUACCACCUAACACGUCUGCACAAAGGGCAGAACUAAUCGCAUUAACCAGAGCACUCGAGCUGAGUGAAGGGAAGACAGUGAAUAUUUGGACUGAUUCCAAAUAUGCCUUUGGAGUAGUGCAUGUACACGGAGCUUUAUGGAAAGAAAGAGGACUGCUGUCCUCCCAAGGGACAAAUAUUAAACAUCAAGAUGCAGUCCUACAAUUGAUAGAUGCAGUACAAAAACCUGAACAAGUAGCAAUCAUGCACUGCAAGGCACAUCAAUCAGGCAACUCCAAAAUUUGUGAAGGAAAUCGAAAAGCAGAUUGGGCAGCCCGUCAGGUAGCGCGAGAGGUGCAGAAAACAAUGGCGUUGAUACCAUCAAGACUUAAUAUCUCUCAAUUUAAUUUGCCUCCGAAGCCAAACUAUACAAUCGAAGAUGACAGACUAGCACAACUGCUGAAGGCACAGAAGAACGCAGAAGGGUAGUAUGUAACCGCACAAGGGCAAAUAGUGGUACCUCCUUUGGUAAUGAGAGAAAUUUUACAGGUAAAACAUAAUGAGUGUCACUGGGGUGCAGAGGCGUUGGUAAAGUGGCUAAGACAAUACCUAAUCUCAGUACGGAUGCAAACAAUGGCCAAGUCAGUAAUGUCUAAAUGUGAAAUCUGUCUGAAAAACAAUCCCGUAGCUAGACGACAGGCACAGUUAGGCAGAAUUCGGAUAGGAAUAGAACCAGGAGACUAUUGGCAAGUGGAUUUUGCAGAACUGCCAAAAACUCGGGGAUACAAAUACCUGUUAGUAGGGGUUGACACGUUUUCUGGAUGGCCAGAAGCCCUUCCCUGUCGCACAAACCAAGCAAAGGAAACAGUUAAGUGGUUAUUACAGGAGAUCAUUCCCAGGUUUGGGGUGCCCCUAGGGAUAUCAUCAGACAGAGGCCCACACUUCAUAGCCACGGUGGUACAAGAGGUAAGCAAGUUAUUGGGAUUAUCUUGGGACCUCCACACACCAUGGAGACCCCAGUCAAGUGGGCAAGUAGAAAGAAUGAACCAGACACUGAAGAGGCAGAUCAGUAAAAUAUGCCAGGAAGCCAAACUGCAGUGGCCACAGGCUUUGCCGAUAGCAUUGCUGAGGGUUCGGAUAAAGCCUAGGAGUGGGAUGUCAGUUAGUCCUUAUGAAAUAUUGUAUGGGAAACCAUAUGAAUCUCCUAACCCCAAUCCAGAUGUUCAUGUCACAGGAAAACAAGAUGUGUAUAAUUAUGUUCUGUCCCUCGGGAAAA